AUCGUAGUAAAUAGUGUAACAGUGCAAGAAAAAAAGAAGUAUCAUAUCAAAACCUCUCUCUCUCUCUGAAAUCCCAUUAUUCAUUCGAAGUGGAAAGCACUAACAGCAAGCUAGCUACAUAAGGGAUCCAUCGGUGAACGGUUAUAGCGGUGGCGGGUACCGACACCCGGCAAAGAAGGGUUGUUGCGGUGGUGGCAAAUUGAAUCUCGUUGCUCUAGUUUUCGCCACCGUACCCCACUUAUAACCCCACCAUAGGUGCACACUAUCAAAUGGAAGAUCAACCACAAAGAGAGAUACACUUCCUCCCGGCGGCCACUCAUUCCGCCGCCGCCGUCAUCACCGCCGCCACAUUCCAUGCCCCGUCCCGGCCAGGCGCCGAUUCACCGGCAUCGAAAUCCCGGCCCUCCGCGGACGCGUUCGAUGGCCCGUCGCUAGACCUGCAGCUGUCGAUAAGCCUCAGGCCGCUGAGGCCGCCGCCGGAGAGACCGGCGGCGGUGAAGAUCGACGCCGGGUACGUGGAGGCGCUGAGGUGGCAGGCGGCGGAGCAGAUCCGGCUGGCGGCGAUGGAGAAGGCGUACGCGGAGCGCGUGAGGGAGCUGACGAGGCGGGAGAUGGAGCUGGCGCAGUCGGAGUUCGCGCGUGCGAGGAGCGUGUGGGAGAGGGCGCGUGAGGAGGUGAGGAAGGCGGAGGAGCUGAAAGAGCGGGCGACGUUGAGGAUCGAUUCUACGUGCAUGGAAAUUACUUGUCAUUCUUGCUGCCAAAAAUUUCGACCCACUGCAUAAUAAUAAUAAUAAUAAUAAUAAUAUAAAUAUAUAUUCAGAAUAAUAUAUUUAUCUUUCAGUAUAUUAAAUAUUUAAAUUCCAACUUAUAAUAAAUUUUGGAAUUGAAU